CUCCCGCGAGGGUUAUUUAUUUAUUUACUAUUUACCUCGCCGCCCGCGGCCGCGUUCAGUGGCCGCUCGCUGCUGCUGCUGCUGCUGCAGCCAUGGAGGACAGGACAGAGCGCCGUCCGUCCGACGCGCGGCAGAGCCAAGACUCGCAGCUUCACAUCAAGUCGGAGGCUUGGUCGACCGUCCCUGUCAAGUCUGAGGAAGUCAGGGAGCCGUGCCUGCCUGGAAACCCGUCGGCAGUGCUCUGUGAGCAAGACGGGCAGGGCCUGGACGUCGACUGGCUGAAGGUGGAAAUCGCGUGCGACGGAACGUACAACCAGAGCGACGCUGCGGACCCUGGCGGAGCGGCCAGCCCUGCGUGCGGCGACCAGCAGCAGCAGCUCUGGUACCAGGGCCCCGACGUGCUGGACUCGGGCGAGGUGUCCCAGGACGAGGGCCAAGCCACUGGAGGCGCAGACAAAUUCCUGUCUGUGAUUCCAAAGCUUCAAGACAUCUCAAAGGUGCUUGACCGGUUUCCCAAGUACAACCGCAUCCUCGUGUACUACUACCUGUGCAAGGGCAUGCGCACGCAGGAGAAGGCCAACCCGCUAAUCGCCGAGGCCGCAAUGAGCGCCUGGGGUCACCUACCGGCACGUCUACAACUUCAUCGGGAACUUCCGGCGCGCCAGGGGGGAGUCGAAGCAGCGACCCCCGCGAGUGUGGGAUGGCGAUGAGGACCUGCUGGCCAGCCUGGACCUCAGCCUCAACUCGGCACAGCCGGGGCCUCCGCCAGCCCCGUCGGCUUCCAACGCCGCCUGCAAGCCCGGUGCGGCGGACGAGGGCCGGGAGGGGGCGCCGGAGGGCAACGCGGCCGCCCAGGCGCCGUGCCCGCCGCCCGAUGAGAGGCGCGGCGGGGGGGAGGAGCCCGCGGGCGAGGAGCCGCGCGAGAUCUUCCAGCACGUCAAGAACCUGCAGCGCUUCCCCAAGUACAACCGCGUCCU